CGGGGAUCGCGCCCCCGGGGCCGCUGAGCCUGCGCCCGGUGCCCCGCGCCCCGCGCCCCGCGCCCGCGCCCCGCGCCGAGCCGAGCCCGCGCCGAGCCUCAGCCGCCCAUCCCGGGGCCCGGGCCGGGGGACCAGCAGGCCACACGAGGACUGCCUGUGCCCCAGAAGCAGGAUGAGAAGAUGGCAGACUUCCUGUUACCUCGGGGCACCAGCAGCUUCCGCAGGUUCACCCGGGAGUCCCUGGCGGCCAUCGAGAAGCGCAUGGCAGAGAAGCAAGCCCGAGGCUCGGCCGCCUCGCAGGAGAGCCGGGAAGGGCUGCCCGAGGAGGAGGCUCCCCGGCCCCAGCUGGACCUGCAGGCCUCCAAAAAGCUGCCAGAUCUCUAUGGCAACCCGCCCCGAGAGCUCAUCGGGGAGCCCCUGGAGGACCUGGACCCCUUCUAUAGCACCCAAAAGACCUUCAUCGUGCUGAAUAAAGGCAAGACCAUAUUCCGCUUCAGUGCCACCAAUGCCUUGUAUGUCCUCAGUCCCUUCCACCCUGUCCGGAGAGCGGCCGUGAAGAUUCUGGUUCAUUCGCUAUUCAGUAUGCUCAUCAUGUGCACCAUCCUGACCAACUGCGUGUUCAUGGCCCAGCACGACCCUCCACCCUGGACCAAGUAUGUCGAGUACACCUUCACUGCCAUUUACACCUUUGAGUCUCUGGUCAAGAUUCUGGCUCGAGGCUUCUGCCUGCAUGCGUUCACCUUCCUCCGGGACCCGUGGAAUUGGCUAGACUUCAGUGUGAUAGUCAUGGCAUACACAACAGAAUUUGUGGACCUGGGCAAUGUGUCAGCCUUACGUACCUUCCGAGUCCUCCGGGCCCUGAAAACUAUAUCAGUCAUUUCAGGUCUGAAGACCAUCGUGGGGGCUCUGAUCCAGUCUGUGAAGAAGCUGGCCGACGUGAUGGUCCUCACCGUCUUCUGUCUCAGUGUCUUUGCCCUCAUCGGCCUGCAGCUCUUUAUGGGUAACCUGAGACACAAGUGUGUCCGCAACUUCACGGCGCUCAACGACACCAACGGCUCUGUGGAGGCUGAUGGCCUGGUCUGGGAGUCACUGGACCACUACCUCAGCGACUCAGGAAACUACUUGCUGAAGAAUGGCACCUCCGAUGUGUUACUGUGUGGGAACAGUUCUGAUGCCGGGACAUGUCCCGAGGGUUACCGGUGCCUAAAGGCAGGGGAGAACCCUGACCACGGCUACACCAGCUUUGACUCCUUUGCCUGGGCCUUCCUUGCGCUCUUCCGCCUAAUGACACAGGACUGCUGGGAGCGCCUCUACCAGCAGACCCUGAGGUCUGCAGGGAAGAUCUAUAUGAUCUUCUUCAUGCUUGUCAUCUUCCUGGGCUCCUUCUACCUGGUGAACCUGAUCCUGGCUGUGGUUGCCAUGGCCUACGAGGAACAAAACCAAGCCACCAUUGCUGAGACAGAGGAGAAGGAAAAGCGCUUCCAGGAGGCCAUGGAGAUGCUCAAGAAAGAGCAUGAGGCCCUCACCAUCAGGGGUGUGGACACUGUGUCCCGCAGCUCCUUGGAGAUGUCCCCUUUGGCCCCAGUAACCACCCAUGAGAGAAGAAGCAAGAGGAGAAAACGAAUGUCUUCGGGGACAGAGGAGUGUGGGGAUGACAGGUUCCCCAAGUCCGACUCAGAGGAUGGUCCCAGAACAAUGAAUCGCCUGAGCAGCACACAUGGCCUCAGCAGGACCUCCGUGAAGCCACGCUCCAGCCGUGGGAGCAUCUUCACCUUUCGCAGGCGAGACCUGGGCUCGGAGACAGAUUUUGCAGAUGAUGAAAACAGUACAGCGGGAGACAGCGAGAGCCACCGCACGUCCCUGCUGGUGCCCUGGCCUCUGCGCCAGCCUAGUGCCCAGGGACAGCUCAGUCCAGGGAUCUCGGCUCCCGCCCUCAAUGGUAAAAGGAACAGCACCGUGGACUGCAACGGGGUGGUCUCCUUGCUGGGGGCAGGUGAUCUGGAGGCCACCUCCCCAGGGAGCCACCUCCUCCGUCCUGUGAUACUGGAUCGCCCCCCAGACACGACCACACCGUCGGAGGAGCCAGGCAGGCCCCAGAUGCUGACCCCACAGGCUCCAUGUGUGGAUGGCUUCGAGGAGCCAGGAGAGCGACAGCGGGCCCUCAGCGCAGUCAGCGUCCUCACCAGUGCACUGGAAGAGUUGGAAGAGUCUCACCGCAAGUGUCCACCAUGCUGGAACCGCUUCGCCCAGCGCUACCUGAUCUGGGAGUGCUGCCCGCUGUGGAUGUCCAUCAAGCAGAGAGUGAAGUUCAUGGUCAUGGACCCGUUCGCCGACCUCACCAUCACCAUGUGCAUCGUGCUUAACACGCUCUUCAUGGCACUGGAGCACUACAACAUGACAGCUGAGUUUGAGGAGAUGCUGCAGGUCGGAAACCUGGUCUUCACAGGGAUCUUCACCGCAGAGAUGACUUUCAAGAUCAUCGCUCUGGACCCCUACUACUACUUCCAGCAGGGCUGGAACAUCUUUGACAGCAUCAUUGUCAUCCUGAGCCUCAUGGAGCUGGGCCUGUCCCGCAUGGGCAACCUCUCAGUGCUGCGCUCCUUCCGCCUGCUGCGGGUCUUCAAGUUGGCCAAAUCCUGGCCCACCCUGAACACGCUCAUCAAGAUCAUCGGAAACUCAGUGGGGGCGCUGGGGAACCUGACGCUGGUGCUGGCCAUCAUCGUGUUCAUCUUCGCUGUGGUGGGCAUGCAGCUCUUUGGCAAGAACUACUCAGAACAGAGGCACCGCAUCAGUGACUCGGGCCUGCUGCCCCGCUGGCACAUGAUGGACUUCUUCCAUGCCUUUCUCAUCAUCUUUCGCAUCCUCUGUGGGGAGUGGAUUGAGACCAUGUGGGACUGCAUGGAGGUGUCUGGGCAGUCACUGUGCCUGCUCGUCUUCUUGCUUGUUAUGGUCAUUGGCAACCUUGUGGUCUUGAACCUCUUCCUGGCUUUGCUGCUCAGCUCCUUCAGUGCAGACAACCUCACAGCCCCUGACGACGAUGGGGAGAUGAACAACCUCCAGCUGGCCCUGGCACGCAUCCAGCGUGGCCUGCGCUUCCUCAAGCGGACCACCUGGGACUUCUGCUGUGGACUCCUACAGCGGCCUCCAAAGCCUACGGCCCUUGCUGUCCAUGGCCAGCUGCCCGGCUGCAUGGCCACAUCCAGCUCCCCACCACCCCCGGAGUCACAGAAGGUGCCUCCUGCCCGUAAGGAGACACGAUUUGAGGAAGACAAGCAGCCAGGCCAGGGCACCCCUGGGGAUACAGAACCUGUGUGUGUGCCCAUUGCCAUGGCUGAGUCAGACACGGACGACCAAGAGGAGGAUGAAGAGAAUAGCCUGGGCACAGAGGAAGAGUCCAGCAAGCAGCAGGAAUCCCAGCCUGUUUCCGGCAGCCCAGAGGCCGUCCCAGAGCCGGGGGCCUGGAGCCAGGUGUCAGAGACUGCCUCUUCCGAGGCCAGUGUGGCUCAGGCAGACUGGCGGCAGCAGCGGAAGGUGGAGCCCCCAGCCCCAGGGUGCAGUGAGGCUCCCGAGGACAGUUACUCGGAGGGGAGCACGGCAGACAUGACCAACACAGCAGACCUCCUGGAGCAGAUCCCUGACCUGGGUGAGGAUGUCAAGGAUCCAGAGGACUGCUUCACUGAAGGCUGUGUCCGGCGCUGUCCUUGCUGCGCCGUGGAUACCACACAGGCCCCAGGGAAGGUCUGGUGGCGACUGCGCAAGACCUGCUACCGCAUCGUGGAGCACAGCUGGUUUGAGACGUUCAUCAUCUUCAUGAUCCUGCUCAGCAGUGGAGCACUGGCCUUCGAGGACAUCUACCUAGAGGAGCGGAAGACCAUCAAGGUUCUGCUCGAGUAUGCCGACAAGAUGUUCACCUACAUCUUCGUGCUGGAGAUGCUGCUCAAGUGGGUGGCCUACGGCUUUAAGAAGUACUUCACCAAUGCCUGGUGCUGGCUGGACUUCCUCAUCGUGGAUGUCUCACUGAUCAGCCUCGUAGCCAACACCCUGGGCUUUGCCGAGAUGGGCCCCAUCAAAUCCCUGCGGACACUGCGUGCGCUCCGACCCCUGCGAGCCCUGUCACGAUUUGAAGGCAUGAGGGUUGUGGUCAAUGCCCUGGUGGGCGCCAUCCCAUCCAUCAUGAAUGUCCUCCUCGUCUGCCUCAUCUUCUGGCUCAUCUUCAGCAUCAUGGGUGUGAACCUGUUUGCGGGGAAGUUUGGGCGAUGCAUCAACCAGACUGAGGGAGACCUGCCUUUGAACUACACCGUUGUGAACAAUAAGAGUGACUGUGAGUCUUUCAACGUGACUGGCGAACUGUACUGGACCAAGGUGAAAGUCAACUUUGACAACGUGGGCGCCGGGUACCUAGCUCUUCUGCAGGUGGCAACAUUUAAAGGCUGGAUGGACAUUAUGUAUGCAGCUGUGGACUCCAGGGGGUUUGAAGAGCAGCCCCAGUGGGAAUAUAACCUCUACAUGUACAUCUACUUCGUCAUUUUCAUCAUCUUCGGGUCUUUCUUCACCCUGAACCUUUUCAUCGGUGUCAUCAUUGACAACUUCAACCAACAGAAGAAAAAGUUAGGGGGCCAGGACAUCUUCAUGACAGAAGAGCAGAAGAAGUAUUACAACGCCAUGAAAAAGCUGGGCUCCAAGAAGCCCCAGAAGCCCAUCCCUCGGCCUCUGAACAAGUACCAGGGUUUCCUAUUCGACAUUGUGACUAAGCAGGCCUUCGAUGUCACCAUCAUGUUUCUCAUCUGCUUGAACAUGGUGACCAUGAUGGUAGAGACAGAUGACCAGAGUCCCGAGAAGGUCAACAUCUUGGCCAAGAUCAACCUGCUCUUUGUAGCCAUAUUCACAGGCGAGUGUAUCAUCAAGAUGGCUGCCCUGCGCCACUAUUACUUCACCAACAGCUGGAACAUCUUCGACUUUGUGGUUGUCAUCCUCUCCAUCGUGGGUACCGUGCUCUCAGACAUCAUCCAGAAGUACUUCUUCUCCCCAACGCUCUUCCGAGUCAUCCGCCUGGCCCGAAUCGGCCGCAUCCUCAGGCUGAUUCGAGGUGCCAAGGGGAUCCGCACACUGCUCUUUGCCCUCAUGAUGUCCCUGCCUGCCCUCUUCAACAUCGGCCUGCUGCUCUUCCUCGUCAUGUUCAUCUACUCCAUCUUCGGCAUGGCUAACUUCGCUUAUGUCAAGUGGGAGGCUGGCAUCGAUGACAUGUUCAACUUCCAGACCUUCGCCAACAGCAUGCUGUGCCUCUUCCAGAUCACCACGUCGGCUGGCUGGGAUGGCCUCCUCAGCCCCAUCCUCAACACGGGGCCCCCUUACUGUGACCCCAAUCUGCCCAACAGCAAUGGCUCCCGGGGGAACUGUGGGAGCCCGGCUGUGGGCAUCCUCUUCUUCACCACGUACAUCAUCAUCUCCUUCCUCAUCGUGGUCAACAUGUACAUCGCCAUCAUCCUCGAGAACUUCAGCGUGGCCACAGAAGAGAGCACCGAGCCCCUGAGCGAGGAUGACUUCGACAUGUUCUAUGAGAUCUGGGAGAAGUUCGACCCAGAGGCCACCCAGUUCAUCGAGUACUCGGCCCUGUCCGACUUCGCCGACGCCCUGUCCGAGCCGCUGCGCAUCGCCAAGCCCAACCAGAUAAGCCUCAUCAACAUGGACCUGCCCAUGGUGAGCGGGGACCGGAUCCACUGCAUGGACAUCCUCUUUGCCUUCACCAAGAGGGUGCUGGGCGAGUCUGGGGAGAUGGAUGCCCUGAAGAUCCAGAUGGAGGAGAAGUUCAUGGCGGCCAACCCGUCCAAGAUCUCGUACGAGCCCAUCACCACCACGCUGCGGCGCAAGCACGAGGAGGUGUCGGCCACCAUCAUCCAGCGCGCCUUCCGGCGGCACCUGCUGCAGCGCUCCAUGAAGCACGCCUCCUUCCUCUUCCGCCAGCAGGCCGCCAGCAGCGGGCUGUCCGAGGAGGAGGCCCCUGAGCAAGAGGGCCUCAUCGCCUACAUGAUGAGUGAGAACUUCUCACGCCGCCUUGGCCCACCCUCCAGCUCCUCCAUUUCCUCCACGUCCUUCCCCCCCUCCUAUGACAGCGUCACCAGGGCCACCAGCGAUAACCCCCAGGUGCGGGCGUCCGACUACAGCCGCAGCGAGGACCUCGCGGACUUCCCCCCGUCCCCAGACAGGGACCGCGAGUCUAUCGUGUGAGCCUCAGCCCGGCUGGCCAGGAGGCACCGAGAGGCGGCCUGUCGCAUCCGAGCAAAUGUGACUGCAGCCACAAGCCGGCAUCUGCUGGGCCUUCCUUGGGCUCCGGGCGUGAGAGCUGGGCCUUGGCCCCACAGGUCAAUGAGGCUGAGUCCCGUGGCACCCACGUGGAUGGCCACAAGCAGGUGGCCGGGCUGACCGUUCUGGGUGGCCUGUCACCGGAGGCCCUACACACACCAGUGGCGGGGCUGGUCAGGCCACACCCGGGGGCCUUGAAAAGCCACACCACCCCAGCUGCCGAGGAGAACUACAAAACUGGGACUGUAGAUGUUGUGAAUGGGCUUUCAUAAAUUUAUUAUAUUUGAUAUUUUUUUACUUGAGCAAAGAACUGUUUUUUCCAUGGACGAUGGCAGUAGUUCACGCUGCCUUUUCUUAACUCCAAACACGAGUGUCUGUGGAGCUGUUGGAACUCUGUUCUCAAAGCAAAAGUGACACCCAGUAUGACCUCCCCAGGCCUUCGAUGCCCUGGGACCAGAAGGGGAUCCCCUGCUGCUCAGGCCACGGUGCCAGGAGAGCUGAACCUCUUUUCUCGCACAUGCGUGUACGCACAGUCCACACAAGGGGGCCACACUCGGGCUCCCUGUGGCCCAGGCUCCCCUCAGGCAGGUGCCAGGCAGAGGGGUUCUCGCCAGUGGGGGCUCACGCUGGCCUCCCACUGUCCCCAGGGUCCUAUAUGCCCCCUUGUGGUUUUAUGCAGGCCAUCCUGGGGUCUUUUCUAGGAAAACACAAAGCUUCCAGAAAAGAGCGGCCUGGGUCCCAGGGCUGGUCCUGGCUAUGAUGUUGCCUUUUCCUCCUGGGAGAGGCCAGCCCUCUGCACGAGUAUUAAUAUUAAAGUGAAGGGCAUGAGGGAACCGGCCCCACGUGUGGCCAGCCCCCAGCUUGUCCUUGCUCCCCAAGCCGGCAGGCCCUGCCCCACGGGCCAGGAAGAGCAGCCUGAGCCCCGUGCCACAAGGGCUAGGAAGCUGACCAGCCCUCAGCCGUGGGGCCCCAGCCCAUCUGAGGAAGGGAAUCUGUUGUCAUGGCCAGGGCUCUCUUUCCAGACCUUUCUGCCUCUCGC